AUGGGGCGAAUCGACUCCUCUUGUGUCGCUGCCACGGUGACGUCUAGCAAGGUCGGCGCAUCACCGUCUUGUCCGGUCACGGCGACAAGCACUGACACGAGCGACGAGGCUGCUUCUCGCACCGCUGCCCCGCAUGUCCGGGCGCAGCGAGGUGGUCGAGGGCGACCCCCCCAGAUGCACAACGGCCUCACCGCGGGCAUGUGCGAUAACCAACAGCAGCACGCCGCAGGCGUUUGGAAGUUGAUGACAAGGUCGCAGAGCGCCUCCACGACUCCGCCGCCUCUCGUAAUAGGUGACGGCACAGGCAACGAGGAUCGUGCGCAACCUCCCCACGCCGGCGUUCGGUGGACUAAGCACUCGUGGGGAAAGGGCAACAACUGCCCUGCGGGUAGCGCGUAUGAGUCUUUUGUGGGUGCGUUGCUGCACAGACCGCCGCCAACGCCUCCGUUUCCUGGUGUGCGUCUUCCGGUCUGGUGUCGGUCCGUGUCAGCGACAGGGUAUCCGCUCUCCGAAGACGGCCUCACAAACGAGCUCCUGGACUUCUUUCAUUAUUUGCAGUUGACUUCCCAAGAGGAAGCGGCACGGGAGCGGCUGCUCGGCUACGUGCAGGCGUGCGUGGCAGAGUUGUGGGGACCCUGUAAAACCGGGAGUGAAGCCGAGAGAACAGCACAGGUGAUGCUCUACGGCAGCUACGCUCUAGGACUUUCUCUUCCAAGCAGCGACAUUGAUCUUGCCCUCACCUUCCCGGCCGAGGAGGAGGUGGAUGUCGCGACCAUAGAGGUGGAGGUAAGGAGUGGGGAUCGCGCUCUCGCGGCGUCGGCGACCUCGACGAAACGUCACGCCCUGCACCUCGAGCGUCUCCACCACCUUGCCCAGCAGCUGCGGAACUCUGCGACGUUUCCCGAGCUGGAGGUGGAGGUGUAUGAUCAGUGCCGUGUGCCGCGCAUUCAUCUGCGAGACACGACUCGAGGUUGCGUGUCGUGUGACAUCAGCAGCUCCUUCGUCUCAGCACGCGUCGCCCGCAUCGUGGCGCGGCAGCGGCUAUGGCUACAGGACUCCCCGCUCGCGGCGUUCCUUGUCCGCGUCACCAAGGCAGCCGUGAAACAGUGGGGCCUCCACGAAGUGUUCUGGGGCGGCGUCGCCUCCACGGCGCUCUACUGCCUGGUGCUCCGCUUCCUUGCCCAGAUGGAACAGCUUUGCCAACACGCGCAGGUGGAGGAGAACUUGUCUCCACCGUGCUACGAGGAGGCCGCCAUUGCGCAUACUGCAACACAGCUCUCUUCGUUGCCUUGUGCGUCGCCGUUGUCUUCCCCACAGCUCUCCAUGCCACACCCAACCAGCGAGUCUUUCGCAGCGCCUACCCCAGUCCCAGCCGGCACGGCCUCCACCGCUUGUGGCGUCAACAGGCUAAGCGCAGCGACAGCCAUUCCUUCAUAUGUACCCAGCUGGGCCGUGAAUAGCAGGAAGUACGACGUGAGCAAGUCGUGGUUCUUGUGCGACAUGGACAAGGACAACGCGCUGUGCCCUAUCGGCGUGACCGCGUUCUCCUUUUCCCACAGGGACACGAUGGCCAACGCGUGCGACGAGGACAGGGAGGCGGACGACGAGGUGGAUGGCUACACGCAGGCGGGCCUCACGCGUAGCUCCGGCGCCGCCACCACUGCCACUACUCCAACCUCUCGCACCGCGGCGAGCACACCGAUGGCGGCUGCAAGCGAAGCGCAUGAGGGUGGCAUAGCGACCGCCUCUGCUGCCUUGGCGCCACCGGUGAACGCCGAUUCUGCUGCGCUUCGCGAGGGCGGGUUUCCCAGUGCGGAGGGGCUUACUCGUAUCGCGCGAUCACGGUAUGGUGCGUCGCCAGCGCGUCUGCUGCUAAAGCUGUGGAGGUUUCUCUCUGCCGACGCCUUUGUGAGCGGGUAUCAGGUGGCAGAUGUCUUUGGAGACGACGCAGUGUGGUGCGACUCCGGCGAGGAGAACGACUCGGCCGCGCUACCAAAGCAGCUUCCGCUCAUGACGUCGCUUGAACUGGCCACGUUUGCGGGCAUGGCCAGCACCGACCUCUCUGCUGCAUCUUUUCGGAUCCCUGAGCUACAGGCACUCUUUCGCUACUCGAGCACGUCACUCGAAAACAUGCUCCGGUAUCAACGCUACCCGCAGCGCACCGUGCCAACGAUGCUCUCUACCAUCUUUGUCGACCCUCGGCUGCUGACUAGCUCUUGA